AAAGGACAUACAAGUAGGGUAGCGACUAGUUCCUAUCCUCAGAAAAGUAGGCACCCGAACUUCCAUGCGAAGUCUGCUUCUCACUGACAGAAGGGGGGCUCGGCUAAAGUUCAGCACGCCUCUUCCCAUUCAGACACAGAAAACACACCGGCCCGUGUCAACUGCCCCCCCUCCACAGUGGUGGCCCUGACCGUAAUAUUUGCUGAGGGACUGCGAGGCAUCGUUUACAACAUUAUGACAAUACAAUGCGAAGAUCGCACUUAAUUGACGUUUUCUUCUACCAAUCAUCUGGCACCACGCUCAGUGUCCCACGUAUCAGCAUUUAGAACAGGUGGCUAGUGGGUAAGGCUCUGAGAGGCUAAUAUCUAUCGCUUCUAAAUGUUUGACGCUGGAGUCAGCCAAUAGUGAGGUAAAACUAUACGUGUGGGCGGGAAUUCUGCUAGGAAGAGACUUUUCUGAAAAGCAAGGCGGAAGCAUUGGCGCUGACUAUCUAGUAAUGGAUAUUUACGGGCACUGGGACCAUUCUGAGGUGUUAGAGCUACAGGUGGCUACGGCAGUCGUUACCUGGAUCAAUCAAAGAGAUCCAUGCGGACAUUGAAGACAAUGACUCUGCUUGAAGCAUUUGGCGCUGGUUGAGCAUCACAUCAAUGGCAGUGACAGUGUGUCAAUGGGCAUCUUUGGGCUCUAGUAUAGGGCUGGUGCUACUGUCGGGUUCGAUUCUGGUGGUUCUGUUUCCUCUGAGUGGGCUGGAGCAUCAGUACAGAACAGCCGUGAACAUAUUGCUGCAGUAUAACCUGUGGGGAGGUGUUGAUCGGGGGCACACAUUCACUGGCCAAACACGGGGUCUAGCUGUCGCCUCAACAGCAAUUGAACUUCUUGUGCUGAAACAGAAGCCUACAUCAGAUGUCAAGUUCGAAGCCAAGGCAGCUCUAAACCAAGCUUUAGAAAUGAAGCGCAUGGGGAAGAAGGAAAAAGCACAUAAGCUUCUACAUCAUGCCUUAAAGUUGGAUCCCGAUCAUGUGGAUGCCUUAAAUGAGCUUGGCAUCCUUCUGGAAGAAGAAAAGGACAUCAUUCAGGCUGACUAUUUAUAUUCGAAAGCUCUGACAAUAUCACCAAAUAAUGAGAAGGCUUUAAUAAAUCGAGAUCGGACACUGCCACUUGUUGAAGAAAUUGACCAGAGGUAUUUCAGUCUAAUCGACAGCAAAGUGAAGAAACUGAUGUCCAUUCCAAAAGGCAAUCCUGCUCUCCGCAGGGUAAUGGAAGAGUCUUACUACCACCACAUCUAUCACACAGUAGCUAUAGAAGGAAACACCCUCUCGCUUUCAGAGAUCCGGCACAUCAUUGAAACACGUUAUGCUGUGCCAGGAAAAAGCCUUGAAGAGCAAAAUGAGGUCAUAGGUAUGCAUGCUGCGAUGAAAUACGUCAACGCAACUCUGGUCUCCAGAAUAGGAUCGGUGACCAUUGACAAUGUUUUGGAAAUACAUCGGCGGGUUUUGGGAUAUGUGGAUCCUGUAGAAGCUGGUCGAUUUCGGCGUAGCCAAGUUUUUGUUGGCCACUAUAUCCCACCCUAUCCUAGAGAUGUAGAGAAACUCAUGCUGGAGUUUUUGCAGUGGCUAAACUCUGAAGAAGCAAUGAGCUUACAUCCUGUGGAGUUUGCUGCUCUAGCCCAUUAUAAACUAGUUUAUAUCCAUCCCUUUGUAGAUGGCAAUGGCAGGACGUCUCGCUUGCUUAUGAAUCUUAUUUUGAUGCAAGCAGGAUACCCACCAAUUACUAUAAGGAAAGAACAGCGGUCAGAGUAUUAUAAUGUUCUAGAAAUAGCCAAUGAAGGGGACGUGAGGCCUUUCAUAAGGUUUAUUGCUAAAUGUACUGAGAGCACCUUAGAUAUUUUAUUGAUUGCUACAGCAGAACAUCCUGUAGGACUUCCAGAGCCAAAUCAUGGUUCCUCAGAGUGCAAACAAACUAUUACAAUUAAGACUUGACCUUCACAAUACUCCAAUGCCUUUCAUGCCUUAAGUUCCCCAUACACAGACUAAGUCAGCAGUUAUUGAUCAGUUUAUGGGGCUCUCCAACAUGCUCCCCCCCCCCAAUCGAUAUCUGUCAGAUGUCAAUUGCCCAGGUUUAAAAAUCCUGUUGGAUCGAGGACCACAUCAACAAGGUCUGACCACCUGGAUUUUCAUUGUUGUGAUCCGAUUGUUGGGCCCUAGGGCCCCCUUUACAUGUUAAAAUGUUACAUAUCCUAUUUAUUAGUGGAAUUUACAUUCCAUUUAGUUAUCUGAAAAUACAUUUAACUUUGUUUAGACUUUGAUUUUAUCCAAGACGUGUUUGUGUGAGUGUCUACAUAAAUGUGUACAUAUAUGUAAUGUAUAUAUGCUUUAAAGGUGAACUAGGAAAGGAAAACUAUACCCCCCCCCAACAUAAAUACUUAAAAGAGAAGGAAAGGUUAAAAUUAAGUAAGCCUUAUCAGAAAGGUCCA